AUUCACAGUGACAGAGAUGACUACAUAAAUGUGACAGAAAUUGACUAUUGUACAAAUUAGUAACAUAGGUAAUAUAGUGACGUCAUGUAAAAUUGUUUAUUUAUGCCUUAGUUUCUUAUUCUGGACACCUAAAUUCAAUUAAAGUUAAACGCCUAGUGUAUUGCGGCAUUCUUAAUUGUAUAAAGACUACCGUUUAUAGUUUUUUCUACUUAUAAAAUUCCAGAAUAAAGGACAGGAAGUUAUUUAAUAGUAUUUUGAAUUACUGGUGAAAAAUGCCUGGAAUUGCUACCAUGUCUUUGGAUAAUAUGUUUUGUACCCGUUGUGGGGAUGGUUUUGAAACGAAUGAAAAAAUUGUGAACUCCAAUGGUGAACUUUGGCAUACAGGUUGUUUUGUGUGUGCUCAGUGUUUCCGAGUCUUUCCAGAUGGAGUGUUUUAUGAAUUUGAAGGUCGCAAGUACUGUGAGAGGGAUUUCCAAGUUCUUUUUGCACCAUGCUGUGGAAAGUGUCGCGAGUUUGUGAUUGGUCGCGUUAUAAAGGCGAUGAACUCAAACUGGCAUCCGGCUUGCUUUCGUUGUGAGGAGUGCAACGUGGAGUUGGCCGAUGCUGGCUUCAUCAAGCAUGCGGGGCGCGCGCUAUGCCACGCUUGCAACGCUCGCAUCAAGGCUGACGGAUUGCAGAACUACAUUUGCCAUAAAUGCCAUGGCGUGAUCGACGGCGAACCGCUGCGUUACCGCGGCGAGGUGUACCACGGGUACCACUUCGCGUGCGCCACGUGCGGCGUGGAGCUCGACCACACCGCCCGCGAGGUCAAGAACAGACCCGGCUACGCUGCCAAUGACGUGAACAAUCUCUUUUGUCUGCGUUGCCAUGAUAAAAUGGGUAUUCCCAUUUGCGGCGCUUGUCGACGUCCCAUCGAGGAGAGAAUAGUGACCGCCCUCGGCAAGCACUGGCAUGUUGAGCAUUUCGUGUGCGCGAAAUGUGAGAAGCCCUUCCACGGGCACCGGCACUACGAGAAGAAGGGCCUGGCGUACUGCGAGCAGCACUACCACCAACUGUUCGGUAACCUGUGCUACGUUUGCAACCAGGUUAUUGCUGGAGACGUGUUCACGGCGCUGAACAAGGCGUGGUGCGUGCACCACUUCGCGUGCGCGGUGUGCGACACCGCGCUCAGCACGCGUAGCAAGUUCUACGAGUACGACGAGCGCCCCGCCUGCCGCCGAUGCUACGAGCGCCUCCCCGCAGAGCUACGGCGUCGGCUGCGGCGCGCGCACAACUACACCUUACGCCGAUGAGCACGUGCCAAGACGUCAGCACACCAUCACUCCAAUUAUCAUCCUCAUCAACAUUAUAACCUAUAUACAACUUGUAACCGAAUAACGAAAUACUUUUGAAGGGUGCAUAAUUAUAUUUCAUAAGGAAUCACCCUGUAAAAAGAAACAUAUUUAUUUUUCUAUACAAACUAUUUCAAAAAAUUCUAAAUGUUCUCUUUUGACAACCCUAAUGAAGAUAAUAGACUGCCACGUGCAUAGUUAGACGCUACGUGUCGCGUACCUAAUAAAGAGACAGGAGUCAUUUCAUUAUAUUGUAUCUGAUUUCUUUCAACUAUGGCAGAUGUAUACUCUAAAACUAUUAGCGUUUCGGUGUCACUUAUAAGUCUCAGAGACAGUAAAUAAUGUACAUCUAAAGCCUCUGAAGUAAUAUUUCGGUUUUCAUUUACACAUUGUAUAGACGUCCACUCCUUGACAUAAGCCUUUUGUCUGGAAAAUGUUUUUCAGUCGCUAUAAGUAUGUAUGUAUAUUAUUCGUAAAAAUAUUCAUCAGUCAUCUUAGUACCCGUAACACAAGCUUGCGUAGGUUUUGGGGCUAGAUGGCGAUAUGUGUAUUGUGGAUAUAUAUAUUUUUUUUAUUUAAACCCCCAGCACAGCUAGCAUUGUAUUGUAUUUAUUGGGUGGACACUUGUCAUUGCCAAGGGGGGGGGGGGAG